GCAGUAGGAAAUGCCAAGAAUAUAAGUAUGCGUGAAUAUAUACUUUCUGAAUGAAAAUUACUUUAUCAGGAAUAUAUUUUUAAAUGUAAACCAUGAUAAAAAAUAUGUAAGUUGCAGUGCAUUUUAGACUGCCUUCUCUUUCAUCUUUUUGUCUGGAAAAUGUCCAUAAAUAUACACAAAAUAUUUUAAGAACCUAAAUAGUCAAGUAAUGUUGAUCCUUUGAAGAGUUGUAUUGAAGUAGAUGCUUGUAGCCAAAAUGCUGUCUGGUGGCUUUCUGUUUUUUGUUUGGUUGUUUGGUUUUUUUUAUUUUUUUUAAAGUAGUGGAUCAAAAUCUUGGGCUUGGAGGGAAAUUCUGUGUCUUUUUAUUUUUUUUCCUUGUUGCGUAUUAUGUUAUGGAAGAGAAAUACUUCUGGAACACCUGAUUUGUCCAAGUUGUUUAUGAGGCAGUCUCUGGGUUUCAUUCCUUGGCUUUGCCCAAUGCCCUGUUCUCACUGCAGCAGUAGCCACACUCACAUUUGGAUGUGUCACAUCUGCUGCUGAAAUGGAGACUCUGCCUGGUUAUGAGGUACUGAGGGGAAAAGAGCAUCACGCUUGGCUGCUCACCUUGCCCAUUUCACUGUAAAUAAUGGAGACCAAGGAGGAGAAGAAGGAGCGGCGACAAGGCUAUUUUGCUCGCUUGAAAAAGAAAAGGCAAGUCAAACAAACCACCGAGACUGUCUCUGCCAAUUCCUCUGGAUCUCCCGUUUCCAAAACACCUUCUGAGAAAGAUGAUGAAAGUAAAGUUAUUUUGGAGCAAAUCAGUUCCUCUGAAGACAACUGUAAAUUUCCUGGGGAAAAGGAAACUGCUCCAGACAAGGAAAAGAAAAAGAAAAAGUACAAUCAACUGAAAGACAUCAGACGCACAGAACUGAAGAGAUACUAUAGUACUGAUGACAAUCAAAACAAAAGCAAUGAAAAAAAAGAGAAGAAGAUGGUUUCUCAGAAGCCCCAUGGUACCAUAGAAUAUACAGCUGGAAAUCAGGACACCAUAAACAGCAUAGCAUUAAAGUUCAACGUCACCCCAAACAAGCUUGUGGAGCUCAAUAAGCUUUUCACACAGACAAUUGUGCCAGGCCAGAUUCUCUUUGUGCCAGAUACAAGUGCUGGGAGGCUGUCUUCUAGUCCUGGUGCUCCUGUUUCUCCUUCAUCAUCCGAUGCUGAAUAUGAUAAACUCCCUGAUGCUGAUUUGGCAAGAAAGGCUUUCAAACCAGUGGAGAGAGUCCUGUCCUCUACUUCAGAAGAGGAUGAGCCUGUGGUUGUCAAAUUUUUAAAAAUGAAUUGUCGUUACUUCACAGAUGGUAAGGGCGUUGUUGGAGGAGUCAUGAUAGUAACUCCAAACAAUAUCAUGUUUGACCCACAUAAGUCUGAUCCUCUGGUAAUUGAGAAUGGCUGUGAAGAAUAUGGGCUCAUCUGCCCCAUGGAGGAGGUUGUCUCUAUAGCUCUCUACAAUGACAUCUCUCACAUGAAGAUUAAAGAUGCAUUGCCAUCUGACAUACCAAAGGAUCUUUGUCCUCUGUACAGGCCGGGAGAAUGGGAAGACCUGUCCUCUGAGAAAGAUAUCAAUCCUUUCAGCAAAUUCAAAUCCCUUAGCAAGGAAAAGAGGCAGCAGAAUGGAGAUGCAUCUGUUGCUCUGGGUGCCAAACAGAUAAAGCCUUCUGAUAAGGAAAAGUCCGCUGAUUUUGAAGUUCUUCAGUCAUCGGAGAGUACGGGCUCAAUCAAAUCCAAGUCUCUGGAGUUUCCCAACAACAUCACUGCCACUGAACAUUUGGAAAAGUUUGAUGCAGAUGCAUGUACCAAGGACCCUUCCAGGGAAAAAAAUGCUUCAGAUACCAAAACCAAAGAAAAAUCCCUUCUAGGAGAAGGAGAGGAUGAGUUCACUGAGCUGGAAAAGACAUCAUCUCGUAUGGAUAGAGGGUUGGACAGGAAAAUCUCAGUAAUGGAAGGCUUGCUGGCUGACCCCAGGGACUUGGGGAGAACUAAGCAGCAGGUAACCAAACCUACUACAGAAGUCCAGGAGCACUUGACAGUUGAUUCCUUGGAAAAAAAGGACAGUGUUGAACCUAAAGCUGACUUAGACUUAGAGCUGUGUGAAAAGCAAGAUGUUAUUCCAGAAGUAAACAAAUGUGUCAGUACCCCGACAGGUAAGGUGGAGACGGAAUUGGACACUAAGAAAGAGCUAGAGAAAGAUAAACUUAUUGAAUUUUACCUCAAUAAAGAUGGAAAUGGGUCUCAGUCAUCUGAAGACUUACACAAGGCUGAAAUCCAGAAAGGUGAAAACAAUAAAGCAAUUGGCAUAGACCUUACACUUAGCUGUUCAAAGUCCCAAGCUAAUGAAGUCCAUACAGUUAAAAGUAUGGAGCUUGAUUCCUGCUGUGUUGAAAGGAAAGCACCUUCAUUAGAAAUCAGCUCAGCAGCAGCAGAGGAAAAGGAUCUGGAAGAGUCUGUGGACUCUUCAUUAGUACCAGCUGUAGACAAGACCUGUCAAGAAACCCAGUUAGACAAUCAAUCAGAAAUCAGACUGUGGCUGCUGCAGAAAAUUCAAGUGCCAAUUGAAGAUAUGCUUCCUUCAAAAGAGGAGAAGAGCAAGACUCCUCCAAUGUUUCUGUGCAUUAAAGUAGGCAAGCCCAUGAGAAAGUCCUUUGUGUCUCAGAGCACGACUGUGUCUCAACAGUACAGUAAAAAGAUAAAGCAACCAGAAUACUGGUUUGCUGUUCCUCGGGAAAGGGUGGAUCACUUGUACACAUUUUUUGUUCAGUGGUCACCAGAAAUAUAUGGGAAAGAUGCCAAAGAGCAAGGUUUUGUUGUGGUAGAAAAGGAGGAGCUUGACAUGAUUGACAACUUCUUUAGUGAGCCCACUACUAAAAGCUGGGAGAUCAUUACUGUAGAAGAAGCUAAACGACGAAAGAGUGUUUGCAGUUACUAUGAAGAAGAAGAAGAAGAUGACGAUACUUUGCCUAUCCUAAAGCAUCACAGCGCUCUUCUGGAGAACAUGCACAUAGAGCAGCUCGCCCGGCGCUUGCCCGCGCGGGUGCAGGGCUACCCGUGGCGCCUGGCAUACAGCACGCUGGAGCACGGGACCAGCCUGAAGACUCUGUACCGCAAAUCGGCCUCUCUCGACAGCCCAGUCCUCCUCGUCAUCAAGGAUAUGGACAACCAGAUAUUUGGAGCGUAUGCUACUCAUCCCUUCAGGUUUAGUGACCAUUACUAUGGCACUGGUGAAACAUUCCUCUACACUUUCAGUCCGCAUUUCAAGGUAUUUAAAUGGAGUGGAGAAAACACCUACUUCAUCAAUGGUGACACUACCUCUCUGGAGCUUGGAGGUGGAGGUGGCCGGUUUGGUUUAUGGUUAGAUGCAGAUUUGUAUCAUGGGCGAAGCAACUCCUGCAGCACCUUCAAUAAUGACAUCUUAACUAAGAAAGAAGAUUUCAUAAUACAAGAUGUAGAAGUAUGGACAUUUGAGUGAAACACUGACUGCCUUAAGGACUGGAUCCAUUAGGCACUUAAAAGCUAUCCAGAAGGUGCAGGCUGCCUCACAAUGUUACACGCUUUUUCCUCAAGUUUGUACCAGAGCAUGACUACGCAAAAAAUCCAACCGAACAACCCAAGAAUAAAAGAAUUGGUUUUGAGAGGCAGUAAGAGACAGAACAGUGAGAGAUCACUCUGAAGUGUUUUCUACUUCCUCUUCAGCACUCUUCAAUUGAAGAUACAAUGCUUAUGAAAAUGUUCAUGAUGUAUAAGUUGAAAACUUUUUAUGUAACUGUGAAAAAGAUCCUGUGGAAGAACUAUAACUGUCUAGUACAUUCCAUGUGUAUUUAUGUUCAACAUGCAAAUGCUGACCAAAAAUAAAAGGUUAAUUUACCAAAAUCUACAGCAUACUGUUUGCCAUGGAAAAGAAUCAGAAAUAGGUGUACACAGCACUUAAGGGAACAUGUUUUUUAAAAUUAUUUUAUUUAUUGUUACUGUAUAGUAGGUUUUUUUGUAAAGGUAUUAGCUAUGAGGUUUUUUGUUUAAUGUUUCAAAUCUCAUUUUGAUAAUUACUGUUGAGGUGAGUUUCUUAUGCAUUGGCAUUUAUUCUGAAUCAAUUUAUUUGAUUUCUGAAGUUAAUUUUUAUAUUUUUAUUUUGUAAAUGAAAUUUGGUUUUCAUUAUACCCUAAUUAGAGGGUUUGUUUUCCUGGCAGAAACACUUGAGUGCAUAAUUCUGUUUCAUUUUCUUUUCCUGAAAUUAGGGAGAAGGUGGAUAGGGCUUCUUCUUAACUCUGCUGUCACAUUCCUGUUAAUAUAUAACUAUUUUGGCAGUGUAUGGAGACGCUGGGCAACUGCCCCCUGGUGUAGACUUUAUCAGUUCAGUUGCAGUCCACAGAAUUGGGAUAGCAUGCUCUGAGCACCUGCCUGAGUAUUAUUUGACUGAUUAUGAAGGAGAUUUCUAAGAGAACUGUUUUUCUGUAUCACCACAAAAUGGUUCAAAAUAAGCCACCCACUGUGCUUUUAUAAGCACUUCUCUACAAAUUGAAGAAUUUGUUAAGGAGAAAAUACAAUUGAGAUUUAGCGAAGAAAGUUCUUUUCCUUACAGACCAGGUCAUGUUAGUGUAAAACUUGUUUUCCUAAUAAUUACACAUAAUUUCCUUUAAAAGACUACUUCAAGCAGUGGUCUGGUUUAGGAUUUGACAGUCAACUAAAUAUUCUUGUUUGUUUUUAAUGAAAUUAUCAGAUACUUCCCCCUCCCCCAGCCAAAUCUCUACAUUACAAAAUCUGUGAAAUUUAUUUUAUGAAUAAAAUAUAUUACAAAAUCAUAAAAGAUUUGGUAAAUGGGGAGAGUGUGAGAGAGGACUGGCAAUAUUCACUGUUUGCUAAGGAAUUCUGCAUUGCCAUUAAGCUGUGGUUUUGUUUACACAAUCCAGGCCUAACUAAUAUUAUUAAGAUGCUGUCCUGCCCUUAGACUUGAAUGUUUCAUUGUCCUGAGAAAGGCAAGUUUUAGAGACAGUAGUGUGCAUUAAAACAGAAAAAUCUAAUGUUGGAAUAUUAUUAACUGAGUAGUACAACUCAAUUUAGAUACUGCUCUUUCCCUUUUGAAUAGAGUCAAUAAUAAUAAAAAAAACCAAUUGCUUUUCCUUCAAAAGCAUUUCUAAAUCUUAAUCUUGCACAGAAGUUUCACAGUCUAAAAACCAGUGCUAUACACAGUAAGCCUGUAACACGCUGCACAUGAGCUUUUCACACUUCCUUUCUUUGUGGUCUAAUACAGCCAUAAAUAAAGUUCUUAUUGGUAAUGCUUUAAAAUAUUUUGGAAGUUAUUAACAGCAUAAUGCUUUGAAGAUACCCAGAAUAUCUAACACUCUUUGCUCUUUUAAAUGAUGGAAGAAGACCACUUAGUAGUUUAAAAAAACCCAACCAAACCAACACCCAACAAAAAAUCCCCACAACAAACAAAAUGAAACCAAGUUCAACAUUUUGCAUACAUUUCACUCUUGCUACCUACAACUUACUCCAUUAUAUUAUCCUUGUCAAAGCAUAUCUAAACGCUGUGGUCUAUAUUCAAAACAGUGUUGUUCAAUCAAAAUUCUGUGACCCUUGAAACUAUGAAUAUUGAAUAUAUGUAAUGCAGUGCUAUCACAAUAUUUUCAAUAAAGGAAUUUAUGCAUUCAGAA